GUGAAGUACCACUCUAUACUGACUUGUAAUUAUAUAAUUUAUUACAACAAAGAUGCUGUAAUGUCGCACAUUAAUGAUAUGAAAUUGGAGUUGCCUAUUGGUUAAUGGUAGCGAUAGAAUUGAACUUUGAAUCCCUGGUGUCUAUUAUACAAUACAAUUCAAUUGAACUAUGUUUAGUUGAUCUGGAAAUGUGAAUAGUUUCUAUUUUUUAGGUACAAGAAGAAAUUGAUAAUGAAAACGUACAAAAUUAACGACUUGGAGACAAUAGCGAGAACUUUUCUGAAACCAUGCCAGAAAUUUAAGAAUUAUGAAGCGGUUUCACUUACAUCUAACGGUGAAAACUAUGGAAGUUUGGUGUUGGAUGUGAAAAUAUUUAUAGAGAACGAAGAAACUUGCAAGGACGAAGUGUUGAAUGUUGUGGCAAAAAUGUUGCCCCCUAACGAGUUUUUGAAAGAAGCGUUUAAUGUAAAUAUAACUUUUAAGAAAGAAGUUCACAUGUACUCCACGAUAAUGAACGAGCUUAAACUAUUUGCUAAAGAACAUGAUUAUAAGGAAUCACUUGAAUUCUUAGCAGAAUACUUUGGAUCAAGAGUUAGUUUGAAUCCUAACGCUGUUGAUGUAAACGACGACGCAAUAAUUAUUCUAGAAAAUUUAAAAUUAUCUGAAUUCGUAAGUGUUAGUCGUUUCAGUGGAUUCGAUCUCGAAGCUUCAAAGUUGAUCCUUAAAACUUUGGCUCAAUUCCAUGGAAUUCCCCUGUCUUUAAAGUUACUUUAUCCUGACAGGUUUGAGAAUAAAUUGAUGAAAUAUUUGGAACCUGGCAUGGAUUUUGAAAAAGAAAGAGAGUAUAUCGAUUGUCUUUUCAGAAGACAAUUGGAUAUCGCGGCUGAAUUUGAUAAAAGGUGUGAAAAGCUAAUUAGUCGGUUCUUGAAGCUUUUAAAUGACGCAGAGGGUAUGUUCGAUAAAAAUUGCUCUUUAGGAGAUUCAUACGGAACCAUAUGCCAUAUUGAUUUGUGGAUCAAUAAUAUAAUGUUAAAAUAUGAUAAAGACAAGAUGACACCAAAGAAAUGCAAAUUUGUUGAUUUUCAAAUAUACUGUUACGGAAACCUAACUCGAGACGUGGUUUUCUUUCUAUUUACCAGCACCCACAUUUCUGUAUUGAGAGAACAUUUUGAUGAACUAGUAGAAAUUUAUAGAAACCAACUUUGUAAUAUUCUCCAACAUUUUAAUUGUGACACAAAACCUUACAGAUCGGAGGGAUUUCGUGAACAGAUGAAGAUCAUUGCAAAGGCAACUGAAAUUGUUCACGCAUCGACGAUGUUAAAUGUGAUACAUGCAGAGAAAGGAGAAGUGAAGGAUAUGGAAGAAAUUGAACCUGACGAUUUUCUUCAGGAGAGGCAUUCGGAAAUUUACAAGCAAAGGCUAGCGGCCAUUUUUAAUAUUUGUUCUGACAAGCAAUGGGUCUAACAAGUUUUUUGUAGUAUGAGUCACAAUUAUGAAAGCAUCUUUUAAAUUUAAAUAAAAUAGAGAAAACUAUGAUGGUAAGGAUAAGUAGGAAAGAGAAAACUUGCUCUUUCUUACAAUAAAAUGAUUUAAAUCGAUGACAGCUAUUUAGCUGAAGUAGGUGAAUGACCUCUUCACCUACUUUGUGGUUGGGACCUAUCGCGAUUUAUUUCUCUAACUAAGUAAAUACUUAGUAAAUUAUUUUUUAUUUUACAAUAAAUUAAGAAAUUUCGUGUUAGUAAAAAAAUUAUCGCAUCUACUUAGAGCGCUUUUUAUGUUUUAAAUAGUCCUUUUAAUGGUUUUAAUGUUAAUAAUUCCCAAGUGAAGAGCUAGUCGCGUAACCAAUGCACCUCUGCUAGUGCGAGCAAGUUGUCUUGCUAAUGAUAACGUCACCCGACACUGAGUAGAGAAGAGAUCGUAAUGAAUCGAUCUAUCUACUGCACCUGCAUGUUCUUUGUACGUGCACGCAUGUUUGUAUGUGCGAUGACGUACCUAACUCUAAAUUUAGUUUUCUCAUUUUUUUACCUUUAUUGAACAAUCUCUUUUCAAUGAAGGUAAAGUUUCUCCCUAUUUAUUUAUCAUAAACUUUUUCUUAUGUCCUUAAUAAAAUACAUUUUUGA